AUGCUUUCAACCUCUGGCUGGCUUAAAUUAACCGCCGCCAAUGGAUUAGAUAUUCCUUACCUGGGCUAUUUGGAGUUAGAGAUGGAUACUAUGGGUAUUAAAAUCCCUGAUUGUGGAUUUUUAGUCGUGGAAAACCCUGAGAGUUCUCAGUCAUCCCUACCUGCUAUCAUAGGCAUGAAUAUCAUCAGUCGUUGUCGUCAGUUAGUUCAGGCUGAAUUUGUUACAACUUUGGAUGCAAAGCUAGACUCAGAUUGGAGGACUGUUUUCCAACAGAUGCAUACAUGUGAUGUUGACAAGACAAAGAUGGCUCGAAUAGCAGGGAAAGAUUUUGUACAUGUCCCAGCUGAAUCAGUAGUCACUGUCAUGGUCAGAGGUUUCUCAGACAAGUCACCAAACCAAGGUUCAUGGUUGUUGGAGCCUGGUAAACUACCAUUACCAGGAGGUAUUGUAGUCAUGCCUUCUUUGGUUAAGGAACACAGGCAUCAGGUUCCAGUGCAAGUAGUUAAUCUCUCUAGAGAGGAUGUGUGGCUCAAUCCACGAACUCGCAUAGGUGUCUUAUCACCUGUACAGUGCAUUACCAAUAAUCAGCACUGUGAAGUAACGUUUCAGUGCAUUUCAGCCAAUACAGAGCAGGUGUCAGUGGAUUUAAAAGAGUCUCAAGAUCAUCAAAAGGUGUCUGAUAUACUGAGUAAGCUGGAUAUAGGUGGCACUGAAAAAGAACAAGCAGAGUUAAGGGCCUUACUUGGUAAAUAUUCAGAUGUGUUCGCUGUUGGAGAUGAUGAGCUAGGCUACACAGAAAAGGUGAAACAUGAGAUUGUGUUAGUUGAUGACACUCCAGUGAACCUUCCAUACCGUCGUAUCCCACCGACCCAGUACAAGGAGGUCAAAGAUCACAUUUCUCAGCUUCUAAGGAAAGGAGUGAUUCAGGAGAGUACCAGCUCCUAUGCUUCACCUGUGGUAGUAGUGAGGAAGUCUGAUGGUAGUAUACGACUCUGCGUCGACUAUCGUAAGCUAAACUUAAAAACUAAGCGAGACGCAUUUCCUUUACCUCGUAUAGACGAAAGUUUUGAUGCUCUGAGAGGUGCAAAGUUCUUCUCAUCCAUAGACCUGGCUAGUGGAUACCACCAGGUGGCAGUACAUGAACGUGACCGGCACAAGACUGCAUUCACAACCCCAUAUGGGUUAUAUGAACAUUUACGCAUGCCGAUGGGGGUUGUAAAUGGACCAGCUACAUUUCAAAGGUUGAUGCAGGCAACUAUGACUGACCUAAUUUUUCAAAUAAUUUUAGUAUACUUGGAUGACAUUUUAGUCUUCUCUAGGACAUCCAGGCUGGGACGGAGUAAUAAGGCUGCGGAUGCCCUCUCUAGGCACCCUUUAGCAGGGGAGCCGAAUGUUGCCUCUGAAGAUCUGGAGUAUGAUGGUUGUGUGGCUAUUUGUAAUUUGAUCAACAAAGGAACCACACUAGGGCAGGAACUAGUAGAUGUUGGGCUGGAGAGGUGCGAUGUUCGACAAAUUCGAGCAAGACAGAGUCAAAUCCGACCAGUGUUGAGGUUGGUCCUGAAGCAGAGACAGUGGAAUCGGAUACUGGGUCCAAUCUUGAGGUUCACUCAUUACCUGUGCCUACUCCUCGUAGGAGCAAAAGAACUAAUGCAGGACAUCAUUCUAACCUGCAUCAUGAACCCAGAUCCAUAUUAG